GAAAUUCAAAAAUGUGCCACGUGGCAAGGCAAGAGGACCCGAGCCAGAAUUCAAAAAUCAGGGCGUCUAGGGUUGGAGGCGGGGCCUUCUAACGGUCGAAAAACCAGAGGAGUCUUCAGAGGCGAAGCCACCUCUGUCUUUCUCCUAUAAAUGCGAUCUUUCUCCUGUCCGCGUAGCUCAGCCACCUCCGCCUCCUUCUCUCCAUAGGGUUUUGUUUCUUACGAAGAGUUUUUGCCGUCUGGUUCCGAUGGACUAUCACAGCCUCUCCAGGAAGGAACUGCAGGCGCUGUGCAAGAAGCAUGGGAUUCGGGCCAACACGUCCAACGCCACAAUGGCCGACGCUCUGCAGUCCCUCAACAUAGAGCAAGAUUCCGCAACAGAAAUUCGUAUCUGCGAUGAGGUGAUCUUGGGGAACACAGGCCUGAAUUCGCCAGCGUCGGUCACAACUUCCUGCCGUAGGACGCCCCUCAGAACGUCCACUCGAACCAUGGUUCGGACGACGCGAUCGAAGCGUGAAUCAGAGAAAGCAGAAGAAGAAGAAGACCUGAAGUCGCCGGCCGCAGGAGGGAUAGAGAAUGUGGAGGAGGCAUCGCGCUCUGUGGCUCCCAGCGGCCGCAGGAUCAUGACGAGGUCGUCUGCCAGAAGGCAAACGGAGAAGAUCGAGAUUGCAGAGGAACUCAUCACUCCAGCGAAGGCCGCCGUACCUUUGGUCCCGAACAGCCGGAGAAGACCCACCAGGGUUUCUGCCCGGCAACAAACACUUCGGGAAGGAGCAGGGCAAGAGGAGACGAAAGGAGAGAAGGAAGUUAUCGACAAAAUGAGAACCCUUUCUCUCUCUUCCACCAUCUGCACAAGGCGGUCAUCAAGAUUGAGAGGGAAGAGUCAAGAUUCGGAGGCCAAACAGUUGGAACAAAAUCUGGAGAGGAAAUUCAUUGAUGAGAGAGGUACGAAACAACCAGAUGCUGUGGGCGAACCUGCUCAAGAAAUAUCUGAAGAACUGUCAGGUGAGCCCUCUGUAACCAUUCACGAAGCCUCUUCAAUAGAAGACAGCAUUCGUAAAAUCUCUCUUCAACUGGUGAAAACACCUGCGCCAGUCUCCGAGGAGUACAAAGGAGAACCAUCCGUCCAAACCAUGACACAAGUUCCUGGCGUCAAUGAAACCGCCGCACUGCUGAAGCAGAGUGAUCAGAACGUUGGAGGUGUUGGGGAGUGUCUUAUUGAUGCAGGUGUUCCUCUAUGCUCUGAUGAAAAGACUCAUGAAAUCCCCGCAGCCACCGAAACUUCUUUUCCUCAGCAAGAGGCCUCAGCAGAUGAGACAGAGAAGGUCAUCAUUGAUGAUGUCUCUGCUUCUCUCGGUCCUGACUCCGACCUAAGUUGUAUUAAUGGAGAAGAAUGUAAUGCUCCAUUCCCAUCUCUCAUGGGUGUUCAUGGUGAAUUGCCAUCUUCUGAAGCUGACCAAGUUGCACUUACAACUCACGGAGCAUCUACUGAUGCUGUUAUGUUGUCCGUUGAGGUUUCAGACGAAGCCCAAGUUGGCGACCAGACAACUGGAACGCUAGGCGAUAUUGUAAAGGAAAAACUGCAACAAGCAGAUGUGGAAGCAGGUGACGGUUGUAUCGCCCAAGAGGCGAGCCUCGACCCCGUACUUCUCCUAUCUUCAGAACCUGAGAAUAAUGUAGGUGAACCUUUGCCCUCUGACGAAGACUCUGACAAUCUUCCUGCCACCGAAGAAGUUACCCAGUUUCCUGGAACUGCAGUGACAAGCUAUGAAGCAUCUACUGAUGCUACUAUUAUGUUGUCCGUUGAGGUUCCAGACGAAACCCAAGUUGUCGACCAGACAGCCGAGGGGCUAGCCAAUCUUGAAAAGGAAAAACUUCUUCCAGAAGAUGCAUUUGAAGCAGUUGAGGGUUUUAUUGCCCAAGAGGCAAGCCUCAACCCCGUACUUCUCCCAGGUGAACUUUUGUCCCCUGGCAAGGACUCUGACAAUAUUCCUGCCACCGAAGAAGUUGUCCAGUUUCCUGGAACUGCAGUGACAAGCUAUGAAGCAUCUACUGAUGCUAUUAUGUUGUCCGUUGAGGUUCCAGACGAAGCCCAAGUGGUCGACCAGACAGCCGUGGGGCUAGCCAAUCUUGAAAAGGAAAAACUGCUUCCAGAAGAUGCAUUGGAAGCAGUUGAGGGUUUUAUUGCCCAAGAGGCAACCCUCAACCCCGUACUUCUCCCAGGUGAACCUUUGUCCCCUGGCAAGGACUCUGACAAUAUUCCUGCCGCAGACGAAUUUCUCCAGUUUCUUGGGACUGCAUCGCUGCAGGCAUGGGAGGUACCUUCUGCAGACCUACCUCAUGACGCUCCUGUUGGUGAGCUGAUCGCCACUUCUGCAGCAGUGAUCCCUGAUGGAUUUCUGGAUGAACUCCAACAAAUUGAAGAGAUAAAUGAGAAGAGCGCUUCGCUUGGUUCAUGGUCUGCUGCAUCUCCCAUUCCUGCUUCUCUGGCGAUUGCGUCCUCUGGUCCUGAAUUUUUUGUGGUACCUGUCGCUGACAAAUCUCUCCAAUUUCCUGCUGAUGCACUAAGGCGCCUACAAGAAGUGCAUUCUGAAAACACACACCACGAUUCUCUAGCUGUUGAUCUGACCGCCACUACUACAGCAGUCCCUGAUGAAGUUUCAGCCGCAUGCCUGCAGAUUGAAGAGGCAAAUGAGAAGAGCCCUUCGUUUGGUUCAUGGUCUGCUGCAUCUCGUGGUUCUGAAUUUUCAAUGGUGCGAAAGUCAGGAAAAAGCAGAAGCAGUGUUGGCAAGGGAAAGACUUUAGGCCGAAUCCAGAUGUUUACGAGUGCCGAGGCUUGUGUGGAUAAGGAGAAUAAGUUGAUGAACGACGAAAAUAUUGUUGCUGAUCAGAGGUUGAAUGAGAAAAAUGUUGGUUUGGCUGAAUUUAAGAAUUUCAGCCUGAGAAAGCUUCGGAUAAUGGUGAAGGAAGGAAUAAAAAACAAGGUUCAGAUGAGUGAAAGGACUCCCCUUGAGACACUGUCUGCGAAUUGCCUUGGCAAUGAAAAUAGCGAGAUAGCGUGAUUUGAAGAUGAAGCAAAGAAGCUGUUUUCAUUUUUUUGUCAUGUUUCUUGGUCGUAGCUUGUCAGUCACUACAGUUACUUGAAACUGCUAGUUUCGUGGAUCUGUUCUGAUGGAACUUUGUUCAAUAAAAAGGCCAUUUGAAAGCAAA